GGAAGAUUGGAAAUGCAGCUCUGGAGUUUGCUGCUGCCUCUUGCGCUUCUCUGUACAGCCCUAGCCAGUGGACCCGAAUGUGGGAUGGACGAGCGCUCGCGCAGGGCGAGGAGGGACACCAGGCACAGCCGCCAGCUCCUCCACUCUGCCCCGGGCACCUGUGCCACCAGGUUAGCCCGUGGCAGGCGUUCCGCUGCUGGGCUGGAGCCUGGGCAGGUUCCCCGCAGGAGGCAACAGCGGGAGGUGAAGGACGAAGAGGAGUCCCUUACCCCAAGCAGGGCGCUCUAUUUCAGUGGACAAGGUGAUCAGCUGCGGCUGAAGGCAGAUAUUGAGCUGCCCCGAGAUGCCUUCACUUUGCAAGUGUGGCUGAAAGCUGAAGGAGGACAGAGAUCUCCGGCUGUCAUUGCAGGACUAUAUGACAAAUGUUCUUACACCUCCCGUGACCGAGGAUGGGUCCUGGGGAUUAACACCGUCAGUGACCAGGGGAAUAGAGACCCCCGUUAUUUCUUCUCUCUGAAGACGGACCGUGCUCGCAAAAUAACCACCAUUGCAGCACAUCGCAGCUACCUCCCCAACCAGUGGGUGCAUCUUGCUGCCACAUAUGAUGGGCACCUGAUGAAACUCUAUGUGAAUGGUGCCCAGGUGGCCACAAGUGGAGAGCAAGUGGGCAGCAUCUUCAGUCUUCUGACUUUGAAGUGCAAGGUGCUCAUGGUUGGAGGAAAUGCCCUGAACCAGAACUAUCGGGGUUACGUAGAGCACUUCAGCCUCUGGAGGACAGCCCGGUCUCAGAAGGAGAUCUUGUUGGACAUGGGCCAGGCAAUUCACAGACAAGACACGCCUCUACCUCAGCUAGUUCUUCAAGACAGUUUACUGAAUGUGAAAAACACCUGGUCUCCCAUGAAGGAUGGCAGCAGUCCUCAGAGCAAGUUCACCUACCAUCAUGGCUAUUUGCUGGAUACCAGCCUAGACCCUCCUCUCUGCGGACAAACAGUCUGUGACAACACGGACGUAAUCGCCAGCUACAACAAGCUCCCUCGCUUCCGCCGCAACAAAAUCGUUCGCUACCGUGUGGUAAAUCUCUAUGAUGACAAGCACCAGAACCCCACUGUCAGCCGGCAGCAGAUUGAGUUCCAGCAUCAGCAUUUAAAUGAGGCUUUCAGCCGCUACAACAUCACCUGGGAGCUGGAGGUGCUGGAGGUGAAGAACUCUUCCCUUCGCCACCGACUCAUCCUGGCCAACUGUGAUAUCAGCAAGAUCGGGGAUGAGAACUGUGAUCCUGAGUGCAAUCACACCUUGACCGGGUAUGAUGGUGGAGACUGCCGACACGUACGCCACACACUCUUCAACAAGAAGAAGCAGAACGGGGUGUGUGACAUGGAUUGUAAUUACGAGAGAUACAACUUUGAUGGUGGGGAAUGCUGCAACCCAGAGAUAACUGAAGUCACCAAGACAUGCUUCGACCCAUAUUCUCCUUACAGAGCAUACUUGGAUGUCAAUGAACUGAAGAACAUACUCAAACUGGAUGGAUCCACACACCUCAACAUCUUCUUUGCCAAUUCCUCCGAGGAAGAGCUGGCUGGAGUGGCAACUUGGCCCUGGGACAAGGAAGCCUUGAUGCAUUUAGGUGGCAUUGUGCUGAAUCCCUCCUUCUAUGGAAUCCCAGGCCAUACACACACAAUGAUCCAUGAAAUUGGGCACAGCCUCGGGCUUUACCACGUCUUCCGGGGAAUCUCCGAAAUCCUCUCCUGCAGUGAUCCAUGCAUGGAAACGGAGCCCUCCUUUGAGACUGGGGACCUCUGCAGUGACACCAACCCUGCUCCUAAGCACAAGCUCUGUGGAGAUCCUGGACCUGGCAAUGACACCUGCGGCUUUCACAGUUUCCUAAACACACCAUUCAGUAACUUCAUGAGUUAUGCAGACGAUGACUGCACCGACUCCUUCACACCCAACCAAGUGGCCAGGAUGCACUGCUACUUGGACCUCGUCUAUCAGAGCUGGCAACCGGUGAAGAAACCGGCUCCUAUUGCGAUUGCCCCCCAGAUUGUGGCUCGGACCUCCACCUCUGUCACCCUGGAGUGGUUUCCACCCAUUGAUGGCCACUUCUUUGAAAGAGAAUUGGGAUCAGCAUGUGAUCUGUGUGCGGAAGGAAGAGUCCUGGUGCAAUACGCCUUCAGCGCCUCUUCCCCGAUGCCCUGUGAUCCCUCCGGGCACUGGAGCCCUCGGGAAGCAGAAGGACACCCUGAUGUUGAGCAGCCUUGUAAGUCCAGUGUAAGAACAUGGAGUCCCAACUCGGCAGUCAACCAACACACGGUGCCCCCUGCCUGUCCUGAGCCUCAGGGCUGCUAUCUGCAGCUGGAGUUUCGUUAUCCCCUGACUCCAGAGUCCCUAACAGUCUGGGUGACAUUUGUUUCUCCGGACUGGGACUCCAGCGGAGCCGUGAAUGACAUCAAGUUGCUCACUGUCAGUGGGAAGAACAUUUCUCUUGGACCACAGAACAUCUUCUGUGACAUCCCAUUGACCAUAAAGCUGGAUGCGGAACAAGUGGGUGAGGAGGUGUAUGGGAUCCAGAUCUACACUCUGGAUGAGCAUCUGGAAAUCGAUGCUGCCAUGCUGAGCUCCGUCCCCCACAGCACGCUGUGUGCGGACUGCACACCCAUCCAGUACAAAGUGGUUCGGGACCCUCCUUUCCAGUCUGGAUCUCCAGUUGUCAUCUCAAACCUCAGCAGGAGAUUCAUCGACACUGAACUGAGUGAUAGGACCACAUACACAUACCAGGUUGUCAUUGUUUCUGGGAAAGAGGAGAGCGAGCCUUCCCCUGCGCUUGUAUAUAUCUCUGGAAGUGGAUACUGUGGAGACGGGAUUAUCCAAAUGGACUUAGGGGAAGAAUGUGAUGAUAUGAAUAAGAUCAACGGUGAUGGCUGCUCCCUAUUCUGCCUGCAGGAGUUAUCCUUUAAUUGCAUCGAUGAACCCAGCAGGUGCUAUUUCCAUGAUGGUGAUGGAGUAUGUGAGGAAUUUGAGCAAAUGACCAGCAUCAAAGACUGUGGCGUUUAUACUCCCAAAGGCUUCCUUGAUCAGUGGGCUUCCAAUGUCUCUGUCUCACAUCACAGCGACCAGCAGUGUCCGGGAUGGGUGGUCAUCGGUCAGCCAGCAGCAACUCAGUUGUGUCGAACUAAAGUGAUUGACUUGAAUGACGGCGUCUCUCAGUAUGCCUGGUAUCCCUGCACGGCCAACUUCCAGUACUCCCACAUGACACAGACUAUUUUCUGGCUGAAGGCUUAUUUUUCCCAGCCUAUGGUAGCUGCAGCAGUCCUAGUUCACUUGGUCACUGAUGGGACCUAUUACCUGGAUCAGAAGCAGGAGACCAUCGGUGUGCAACUGUUUGACACCAAAGAGCAAAGCCAUGAUCUUGGUGUCCACGUCCUGAGCUGCAGGAACAAUCCCCUGAUUAUCCCCGUCAUCCAUGACCUCAGUCACCCUUUUUAUCACACCCAGGCUGUCCUCAUUAGCUUCAGCUCCCAGUUUGUGGCCAUCUCCGGGGUGGCCCUGCGUUCCUUCCACAACUUCGACCCCAUCACCAUCAGCAGCUGCCAGCGAGGACAGACCUACAGCCCGGCAGAGCAGAGCUGUGUUCACUACUCCUGUGAAGCCACUGAUUGCCAGAAGCUGGAAAUAGAGAACGCGCUGCUGAACUGCACCGGUGGCGGGUGGUACAACGGUGCCCAGUGCAAUGUCAGCUGCAAGAGAGGCUACAUUUUGCAAGUCCACCGAGACGAUGAUCUCAGCAAGAGCCAGAUGGAGUCCAGCAUCACCAUGACUUGCACAGACGGGAAGUGGAACAAGCAGGUGACCUGUGAGCCCGUGGACUGCGGUAUUCCAGACCAGUACCAUGUCUACCCAGCCACCUUCAACUGCAGCGAGGGGACCACCUUUGGCAAGAAAUGUUCCUUCGCUUGCCGACCUCCUGCUCUUCUGAAAGGAAACAACAGCAACUUGACCUGCAUGGAGGAUGGGCUGUGGUCCUUUCCAGAGGCCCUGUGUGAGCUGAUGUGUCGGGCACCCUCCAUUGUCCCUAAUGCAGAUCUCCAGACCACUCGUUGCCGAGAAAAUAAGCACAAAGUGGGCUCGUUUUGCAAAUACAAAUGCAAACCGGGUUACCAUGUCCCUGGAUCCUCCAGAAAAGCAAGAAAGCGAGCUUUUAAGAUCCAAUGCACACAAGACGGCACGUGGCUGCCAGGCGCUUGCGUGCCCGUUACCUGCGACCCUCCGCCUUCCAAGUUCCAUGGGCUCUACCAGUGCUCUAACGGCUUCCAGUUCAACAGCGAGUGCCGGAUCAAGUGCGAAGAUGAUGACAGUCAGUCGGGCCGUGGAAGCAACGUGAUUCAUUGUCGGAAGGAUGGCACCUGGAGCGGCUCCUUUCAUCUCUGCAGGGAAAUGCAGGGCCAGUGUGCGCUGCCCACACCGCUCAACAACCACCUGAAGCUGCAAUGUGCCAGCGGCUACGGCAUAGGUGCAGAGUGUACCACCUCCUGUGUGGAUCACAGUCACGAGCCCAUCCUCCUGCGUGUGAACGAGACUGUGCAAGACAUCCAGCACUGGAUGAACCCUCAAAGAGUGAAGAGCAUUGUCUGCACAGCUGGACUCAAGUGGUACCCUCACCCUUCCCUGAUUCAUUGUGUCAAAGGCUGCGAGCCUUUCAUGGGGGACAACUACUGUGACUCCAUCAACAACCGAGCCUUCUGCAACUAUGAUGGUGGGGACUGCUGUGCCUCAACAGUCAAGACCAAAAAGGUUACUCCUUUCCCUAUGUCCUGUGACCUACAAGGAGAGUGUGCUUGCCGGGAUCCCAACGCCCAAGAGCACAAUCAGAAAGAUCUCCGAGGCUUCAGUCUUGGGUAAUGCCAAGCGACAUGGAAUGGAGGACCACACUGCUCAAGGCAGGCUAGGAGAGACACCACAUCCCUUUUGGUAUUGUUUUUAACAUUUAGCUGCUCAACUGGAUGGCAUUUCUGCACCAGGGACUCUUAGAAUUCAACCAGUCUGCCUUUAAUUUUUGUCCAAGGAGAACUCAAAGUAGGGAUUUAUGUAUAAACUAUAUCUUAAAUAGCAAUGACAAGAAACAAACAACCAAGAGUCAAGUCGAGAAGACUUUCAUGUAUCAAAACAGCAUGUUAUGCCCACCCAAUUUGAACAAUUCAUACCUAGAGUCAAGGCGAGAAACAAGCUAUUUAUGUACACAUAUUUAUAGAAAUAAGUAGAGAAAGAGAGAAAGAGUAAGAGAUUAUGAUCAAAGCAAAAACACUUUCCCCUCUCCCGUACUCACAAUUCAGACCAUUCAUGGAAGAGGCUGUACUCUUGGAGGACUCCAAGCUGAGCCUUUUCUGAUGCUGAAUGCCAAGGUAUCGCAUGCUCGGGGCACUGAGAUUGGGGUGGGAUCUCCACAGGGCUGUGUCUCUUGGCAAGGGAGUUGCCAGAUGCCCAGCCAGCUCGAGAUGUGGGAUUCAUCUGCUCCUCACAGGAAGGCUACUUCCAGCCAGGGAGCUCAGCAGACUGCAGUGGCCUUUCUGUACAGCUCCUCCUUCUCCCUCUGCCCUCAAGAAGCCAACAAAUAACCCACUUGUAGCCUGCAGGGCUACUGGGAUGUUUCAGCGUGGAGGUGGGCAGGUGGUCCCAUGGUAGAGUCAGGCAGUGGAGAGUCUAAGGACUGGCAUUGAGGAACGUGGAUGAUUGCUUCUGAGGAGCAGAGAGAGUAACUUGCCCCCGCACUUGUCAUUUGAGCAUGUCUGCUGCUGCUACUCCUGCUGCUAUGUCCCAUACAACUCUUUUCCUUACUGUGUCAGGACAGGGUGAAAACAACCCCAUGUAACCAAACAUUCUGCCUUAAAGCUUACCUAUAACCUGCCUUUCAAACCCUCUGGUCUCUUCCUCAGCAUUGGGGCAAGAAAACAGGACACCAGCCAGCCAAAGGGAUCUGCUUUCUGGUCUGCACCCAGCCAGGUGGGUCUCUAGACCUCUUCCACUCCCUCUUCCAGUGGGAUAUCUAACAACCGCUUUGUGUUCCCGUUUUCUCAGCAGAAGGAAAGAGGAGGAGGUGGUACAUGCUGUGAGGAAGGGACCGCAGGAGACAGUAUUAGAAUUUUGGCCAUACUCGUCAGUAUUAAGCUGCCAGGCCAGUGGGUUGGACACCUUUGAUAGACCAGAAUAGCUGCUUGUAAUCUUCCAGAAUGAAGGGCAUUAGCUGCAGCAGACCUCAUGCUUCCCUGUUGUAUAGCUUCAUCUUCCCGUUUCAGCCCAUGGAGGCACAUGUUGUGCCAGACCCCUGGUGACUGGAUUUGGUAUUGUUUUUAACAUUUAGCUGCUCAACUGGAUGGCAUUUCUGCACCAGGGACUCAGAAUUCAACCAGUCUGCCUUUAAUUUUUGUCCAAGGAGAACUCAAAGUAGGAAUUUAUGUAUUAAUUAUAUCUUAAAUAGCAAUGACAAGAAACAAACAACCAAGAGUCAAGGUUUUCAUCAUAGGGUUUGUCACAUUGAGUCACUGAGGUGCCCAGUGCAUCUAGUGCUGCUGCUACAACUCAUCCCAUGUUAAUUCCAGCGCGGCUUGGGCUUGUAUCCUGCUGCUUCAGACUCCUGCUAGGAAGAACACACAUCCAAAAGUGUCCUUCCAAGUGUUAAGUCUGUCGGUUCCUUGAGACUCUCCUGACUUGUACAAUCUAUUGGAUAAAGACAGGUUGGAAAGAUUUUUUUUCCUACUCCUGCUUGACUGGGCAUUUAGGCGCUGAUGGAAGACAGAAGGGUAAAGGGGAGAAAGUGUCAUUUAGUUCACAGAGAUGGAUAUACAAAUGGGUAGGAAAACUAGAAAUGGAAAGCUGACAGAGUUGUAGGUGCAAGCAGUCCAGCUCCCACUGUUGGGGUUGUUUCUGUUGGAAUAAACCAGAGAUGAAUCUCAAGAACUACAAUUUAGAGGCCUGGAGGGGUGAUGAUUGUCAUAAGAAGGUGAGGAGCUCCCUGUUGUGAAGGUCCUAGUUAUUCUCGGAGAAGGACUUGGCCUUGAGAGCUGUGCAGAUGGCUCUGCUCCCACCGUGUGUGGGGUACAGGAAAGGGAGUUGCAGUGGGAUCAGGGCUCCUUCCUUGGAGUCGGGUUGAGCAGCCCCCAGUGUAGAGAGCGCUGGCAAAAUCUGGGCCUGGGCAAAACUCCCGCUCUUGCUCUGGCCACAUAGUUAACAAUGGAAGUAAAUAAUUGUGAAAAGGGUGCUUCAUACAGGUCCCUUUGUCCUCCCCUUUUGUGCUGGCUGUUUGUUCAUGUGCCAUCCGGCCCAUCACAAGAGCUCAGAACCUCAAACGUCUUUCUGACGGCCAACACGGUGUGUCCUCAAUGUCUCAGCCGUCUUGGCAUGAUCUCCUCUCUCCACACUGCCUGGGUUUCACCCUAGCAGGGAGCCCCAGUCCAGGUCCUGCGUGCAUCCUGAUGGCAGCCCAGUUUGCACAAUCCCCUUCUCAGCAUGGAGGAGAUUUUCCAUCUGCUUUUCUCACCUAGGAAAUAGCCCAGGAGAGACAGGUCUGCAAAAGUAUUAUUGCCACUUGCUGCUGUGGGCUCCCAGGACCUCAGGGCCUGCUGAGUUCCUCUGCCCAGUCAGGACCAGGCUCUGCUCACCAAGCUGGGGUCCUUCUCAGCUCAAGGGAGACUGUGGCUCCUUGACAGCACAGCCUCACACCUCAGCUUCAGUCCUGCAGCCUGGGGUGACCCAAUUCUCUUUCUCAUGGGCAAUUUUUCCAUGCUGCUAUUUGACAUUUUUACCAACUACUACAUUGGCACUGUCCAUCUUCUCCAACGAGGCUGGCAGAUCCAGGAGUAGAAGAAGUUGCUAUGUUUGGGGUUUUUUUUCCAUUGGGAGAAGAUUGCAUUGGGGCAAACCUUUGCCCUUUGCAUUUCAGGUGCUGUACUGUGCUCCCAGGCAGGAGCAGAGAGGGGAGCUGUGGGGUAUGAGCACCCGCUCAGCUCCUUUCCCAUGUGCCCCCACCCUGGGGCAAGUCCAGCUGGAUGGCCUUGCAGCAUCUACAACUAUAAGGGCCUUGAGUGCCCAGUGGAGUCUCUAAGAAGGACCAUCCAUGACUGUGAUGGCCAUUGGGUGGGAGACUAGAGGGACGCUCCCUACCACCUCGCCAGUGGUGUGGGACAACAUCAAACAAGAAACUUGAGGGAAUAGGAGAGGGUGCCAAUGCUGAUGAAAUUUAGCUGCUCAUAUAGUCCAGGUCACAUUAGUGCCAAGAUCUUCUCUGUCACAGGUAGCGAGCCAAGACACCACCCUACCUGGGGCCACCAACCAGUCUCCUAGUAUGGGUAGUGCCGAUGGCCAGCGGGAGGGAAAGCUGGAGCAGAAAGCAGGGAAUGGUGCAUGGUGGGGUGGGAAACUCCUAUCAGCUGCUACCCCUCUCCCUCCCCACCCUCUCACAGACAGGCUGAGCUGGUGUCCUCCUGCUUUUCUUGCAUCUUCCGCUGCCCCCCCCUCCCCAGGCUGAGAAAGGAGGUUGGCACCAGAGGACUCUUGGAGUCGGGUUCCAGCUACCUCCCUUCCGGUUUCGGUUUCUCCUGGUUGUAACUGUCGGUUUGUCCUAGGUUUUACCUGUGUUUAAGAAAAAAAAAAAAAAAAAAGAAAAAAAAAAAGGAAAAAACAAAACCACAAAUAAAAAAGGAGAGAGGUAAAAGAGAGAGAAAAAGCAAACCCAACAGCCAACAAAAGUUUCUUGCUGCAACUGAUUCAAGUGGGAGAAAAAAAAUAACAUCAAGUGAGGCUUUACAGAGGAAGAAAUGCAAAAAAAAUAAAAUAAAACACAAGAAAAGGAUAAAAGAAAAUCUUCAUAAUCCAAAUCCAAGAAGAGCAAAGCCUAUUUUUGUGUGUUUGGAAGGAAAACACUGACUCUGCCAGCUGAGUAGUGAGGUAGAUACUUAAGUGUAGAUUUCCCUAGAAGUACCGUGAGGUUUUAUAACUUUGUCUGGUUCUGUUUUCCUUGUGCUUUGUGAUGAGUCCAGGAACUAAGGCUUAAGGUAUUUUUU